AGUGAUAGUUGACUCGGGCAAGCGAUAGAAAUCUCAAGCUCAUUAAAAAAUAAUAAAUCUUAUUGACAAUGUUUAAUACAAGAAUACAUUUUAUGAGAAUAUCGAGGGUGAAAUUUGCGAAAUUUUUAGGAUAUGUUAAGAAAAACUCGUGCCUGCGAUUUUGGAGAGAAUAUAGUUUUUUGUGUUGAGGAUUUGUAAAUACAAUAAAGUUAUAUUUUUUUUAACUAAACCGUAUAAAAUUCUUCCUUUAUCUAAUCGGCAAAAGUAGCCAAAAAAAACAACGGAAACAGCACUAGCCGUAUUCAAUGCUAAUAACAUUUCUUUAGGAAGUUAUUAAAUGCCUGCAGGCGGGCUGAAAUUACUUUAACAACAUCCAGACACCAAUUACAUUCGAAAACUGAAAUGUCGUACGCUAUAAUCUAAGAAUAUUCACAGGAAUAUUUUCAUCAUAAAAUCGGCAGAAAAUAGAAAUAUUCAGCCUCGGUCGGGAAAACAAUACCGAGUGGCAUGAAAUUUUCGCGGGAGUUAAAUUUCGCGGACUUUGGAUUUUUCGAGUUUCGCGGGAAGAAAUUUUCCCGAAUUUGGAUUUCAGCCUUUACUCCUGGGAAUAAUUUUUCGCGGAUUUCAUGUACAGUACUUGAAAGUAACAAAAACGGAAGCCAUAUGGUCGUUUUUGUUACGCUGUUUGCAACCAAUUUCAUUGCAAUUCAGCAAUGUAAUUAAAAGAAGUAAAUUUUCGCGGAAUUUUUUUGAAGACGGGGUUUUGUUUUCACGGGAUUUAAUUUUCGCGGAUCGCGAAAAUUAGAUCCCACGAAAAUGUCAUCUCCCCGGUAUUCUUCUAAACCAAAGAGUGUACCACGUUAGUCUGGUGAUUCUAGGGCCUUACUGCCCGCACAGAGAGUCUUGUAACUUCAAGUUGUUUAUCUCAGUUUAUCGGGCGUACAAUACCCCACGGAUGGUCGUUCAUCUACUGGCCUCCCACAAAGAUCCUGUUUAAUUUUUUCGUUCUCUAAACUUAAGUUCCUAUUGGCUGUUUCAAAAAUUUGUAGUUCCCUGCUGAAAGACGUGUGGAAGUGUUUGGGUUAGUAUUCUAUUAAAAGGAUGUUUACUCUUCCCAAGGUCAGUUUGCGCGUGUUGCCCGGGUUUGGCCCAUAAAUAAUUCCCUAGAGUUCGAUGAAGAUUUGUGCUAGACACGAGUCCGAACAAUAACCGAGUGCCUCCUCAUUUCGAUGGCGGCAAACCAACAUUAGGUUUGGGAUUGGGGAAAAGAAUAGAAAAUAGUAAGAACCAUUCUUCUCGGUUGGCUCAGGUUAAUCGGAUACUGUCGUUCCAUUGUAGGGUCAUUGUACACUGAACAGUUAAACUAGUCAUUCAAUCUGAUAAAAUAGAAGAUGCCCUGAAUCGAUGUGUUCUAUUGCGGCGGCGUUUUCUGUCGCCAAAAUCAUGACACAAUUGUUCAUCGAAAGGCCUAGAUUAGUAGCUCACCAUGAGUGGCGCACUUCAACCUUGUUUUGGCUACUUAUAUGAUCUUCAGAUGAAUAAUGGAAUAUGAUCCGACAACUGACCUUCAGGGUCUAUUUAAAAGAGAACAGCCGUCUGAUCAUGCGUCGGCAUUGCGAUUCGUUAGGGCUGUGCAUCUGGCGAGGUUCCUCCUUCAGCAAACUUGUUAGAAAUCCUGAACUGCUUGAAUUUAAACCAAGGUCCAACGAUCGCAGACGUCACAGGAAUUCCAACAGUUUACUUUAAGAAAAGGAUAUUAAAGAUGCAAGCACAUCAUGUCUUGCUUUUAGUGCUGGUUGCUUUGGAACCAAGGACUAUAUCGACUGCCUCCAGUGCAAAACCAGAGUUUGUCGCCGCUGUGUAUGAGCAUGCUUUUGUCGUAGUUGAAAACAGAACAAUUGUACGCCCCCAAAAAGAAGCUGUAGCGAUUGUUAUGCAAAACAUGGAUGUAUAUGAAGCGCAGAUGAAAAAAGCUGAAGAGCAGAAUGCGAAUAUUAUCGUCUUUCCUGAAUAUGGUUUAACUGGUUUUGGUUACACACGGCAAUCCUUUAGACCAUUCCUGGAGAACAUCCCAGACCCAGAGAAGGUCAGCUGGAAUGCAUGCCAAGAUCCACAGGCAAACAGCUCCUCACCUAUUCUUCACCGCCUCAGCUGUCUCGCAAAAACCUAUAAUAUGUAUCUUGUAGCAAACAUGGGAGACUUAAAGCCAUGCAAUAAAAGCACUGAUGAACACUGUCCAACUGAUGGUCGCUACCAGUACAACACUAAUGUAGUAUUUGACGACGAAGGCAAACUUGUGGCCAGGUAUCAUAAACAACACCCUUUCUUGAAUGAGAUGAAGGUUGUCGAUCGACCACUUGCACCUGAGUACAUCACCUUUCAGACGCCUUUUGGUAAAUUUGGAACCUUUAUAUGUUUUGAUGCACUGUUUCAUGAUCCUGCAGUCCCACUGGUCACUGAGUACAAAGUCGAUCACAUAGUCUUUCCUACUGCAUGGUUUGACGUGCUUCCCCUUUUCGCAGCCAUUGGAUUCCAUGGGUCGUGGGCUCGUGGAAUGGAAGUUAAUUUCCUUGGAGCAAAUACCCAUGUGCCACGAUUGUUAAAUACAGGAAGUGGGAUCUACAGUCCAACGGGUGCUAAGAAAUACUUCAGGAGCCUGUCUUCCAAUGGUUCCCUCUCAGUUGCAGCAUUGCCCAGGGAUCCAAAGAACAUGCCACAUAACAUCUCUGUGGUAAAAGCAGAAAAGAUUCAGCAAAGAGACACCGGGACUGGAGAUUCCUUCUAUUCCGACCUGUUUGGUGAUCUGUUCUUUUUCAAAGAGCUUAGCAAACCAGAAGGAACUUUGGAUGUGUGUUACAAUGGGAGUGACAUUUGCUGCUCUCUCACCUACAAGAUGACAGAGAAACGAGGUGAUGAGAUGUAUGCUGUAGGUGUCUUUGAUGGUCUUCACACAAGAGAGGGACAAUAUUACCUUCGAAUCUGUGCCUUAAUCAAAUGCCUUGGAUCGAGCCGUGAUUCCUGUGGACAAAGAACCUACAGUGCAAGCACAAUCUUUGAGUCUUUCACCCUGCAAGGUGAGCUGGACACUCCAUAUGUUUAUCCACAAGUGGUGGCAGAUGGGGUAUCACUUCUGCCUGGAGAAUGGGAUCAUAACAUUCCACCUGUAACUCAUUUGCAGAGCAAACAACAACUCAGUAAAGGACUCUUGACUGCAGCACUUUUUGGGCGUGUGUAUGAAUUGGAUGACGGCUCCAUCAUUGAAUCAUCUGCAGCACACUUCCAUGGUCAUUUUAUUCUUGUUUCUCUGCUUACAUUGAUUGCACAUUUGGUAUUUUGAGGGUUAUGUACAAAAGGGAUAUAAUUCUUUUUUAAGUUAACCCUUCUGCUCCUGUGCCAGUAGAUGAUAAUUUGCAGUAAUAGUAGGUUUCCAACACAUGCUUGUGUAAGCUAUUAGUAAAAAUAGAACUUGACUAUUCCAAAACCUUGGAAACCCAAUUUGUGACACUAUUAGAAUUAACUCUAAUUAUAACAACAGUUCCGAUUCAAGCAAAACAGA